AUGGGGUCAGGGACCUCCUUCUUUCUCGCCCUUGACCCCACAGACCUCACUGUCGACCUGCUCGAGAAGCACCUCCUUGCAGCUGAGACUAGCAUAGUCGCUGUAGGUGCUUCUCGUGGCACUCCUCGCACUCCCUUCUUUGAGGGGUGUUCCCCCUCCCCCCUUGCCCCCUCUGUCGCUUCUGCUGCUGCUGUUGACUUCCUUCGUGCUGAGGAGGUCGGGGCUGCGUCUGCUCCUAGUGGGAGGCGCCGCAACGGCAAGGGCAAGGGAGGCAAGAGUGGUGGAGGUGGCAGCGGUGGAGGCGGUGGUGGAGGUGGUGGUGGCGGUGGGGGUGGCGGUGGGAGUGGUGGUGGGAGUGGAGGCGUCGGUGGCGGCGGUGGUGGCGGUGGGAGUGGUGGUGGGAGUGGAGGCGUCGGUGACGGCGGUGGUGGUGGUGGUGGUGGCGGCGGUGGUGGCGGCAGUGGGAGUGGUGGCGGCAACAGUGGUGACGGUCGUGGUGGAGCCCAUGGGGCGCCUGGGGGUAGUGUUCGCUACCCGUACGUCAUUCUCACAAGUGAUCAGGCUGGUCAGCCAUGCGAGAAGGUUGGUCAUACACAGUACCGCUGCUUCUCCCAUCUUGGCGACGCCUGGCGCGCAGAGUUUGGCGACGAGGCUGAGCUCCCCCGCUGGUUAGAGCUGCUUAGGAACGAUGUCGAUAUCUUUGCUCUUGACUAUGAUGCUAUCUUUGCUGCCAUGUAUACUUUAACUUUCUUGCACGCUCCUCCACUGUUCUCCCGUGUCCGGCGGUUCCGUCUGGCUCACUGUCAGGUCUUCACCUCCCCUCGUUCUCUACGAACUUGGUCUCUGCCUCCCCUCCCGUCCUCGCCUGCCCUGUUCUGCCUUCCUUGCGUCGAGGGGCGGCAGCGCGCCGCUCCUCACUCCUCCUCGUUUCCCCCGACGACUGCUCCCCUGCAGACUCUCCAUAUGGACGUGUGGGGCCCCGUCCGCGUCCGUGGACAUGACCGCGAGCGAUACUUCCUGCUGGUUGUUGAUGACUACUGUCGAUACACCACGGUCUUCCCCAUGCGCAGUAAGGGGGAGGUCCCUUAUGUCUUUAUCCCUUUGAUCCACACUGUUCGUCUCCAGCUUCGCGAGCAGUUCCGUCAGGACCUUCCUGUCCUGCGUCUGCACUCUGACAGGGGUGGUGAGUUCUCCUCCGACCUCCUGUGGGACUUUUGUCGUGGAGAGGGUUUUAUCAAGUCGUUCACGCUUCCGGCCUCCCCGCAGCAGAAUGGGAUUGCUGAGCGCCGCAUUGGCUUAGUCAUGGAGGUGGCUCAUACCUCCAUGAUCCAUGCAGCUGCUCCCCAUUUUCUGUGGCCGUUUACGGUCUGGUACGUUGCACAUCAGCUCAACCUCUGGCCCCGUGUCUCCUUGCCGGAGACCUCGCCUACACUGCGUUGGAUGGGGGAGGUUGGCGAUGUGCCGGUUUUCCGGGUCUGGGGCUCUCGUGCCUUUAUCCGCGAUACCUCCGCAGACAAGCUCUACUCCCGCGCCAUUCCCUAUGUCUUCCUUGGCUUUCCCACUGACGCGCCUGGCUGGCAAUUUUACCACCCCACCAUGCGCCGUGUCCUGUCCUCUCAGGACGUCACGUUUGACGAGUCGCUCUUUCUCGCUCCUGGUCCCCCUCCGGUAGACCCCCUCCCCUUCAAGGUCCUGCUCUUUCAGCUGAGGGGGGGUGAUGUUGCUGCUGACGACGCGGCGGCCCCUGGCCACUCACCACGCUUGGAGACCCCUCCGGGUUUUCUACCUCAACCGUCUUCGCCGCCUCUGCAGCCGGUUGCUGUCGACUCUGGUGCUCUUGGGGGUGGUGUUCCUAGAGGUGCUGAGUCUGGGGGUGCUGAGCCUGAGGGUGCGGAGCCUGGGGGUGCUGAGCCUGAGGGUGCGGAGCCUGGGGGUGCUGAGCCUGAGAGUGCGGAGCCUGGGGGUGCUGAGCCUUGGAUUGCGGAGCCUAGGUGUGCUGAGCCUAGGAGUGUCGAGCCCAUAGGUCCUCCCGUUCUAGCUUUCGAUGCCGAGGGCCGUCCGGUGAAGUUCGAAACCUGGCUAGAUGACCUGCACCUGUUCUUACAGCUCACUGCCAAGGAAGAUAUCUCACUGUACGACCACGCCCUAGGCCAUGCCACUGCCCCUGACUCGUCUGCUGACAGCACUCUGCGUUCCCAGUGGCAGACCCGUGAUGCGCACGCUCGCUUUGCUAUUCGCAACUCCCUGCCGCUAGACGAGCGCGAGCACUUCGGCCAGUGCAAGACUGCUAAGGACCUCUACACAGCUGUAGUUGCCCGCUACUCCUCACCCGCUUCUGCCACGCUAGGCCGCCUCACUCUCCCCUACCUGUUCCCCGACCUAGCCUCCUUUCACACUGUCGCAGACCUCAUCACCCACCUUAAGACUAGUGAGGCCCGCUUUCGCGCUGCUAUGCCUGCCGAGUUUCUCACUAGCAACCCCCCCCCGCUCUGGAUCACUCUCUACCACAUCGUCACCCGCCUCCCUGACUCUCUGCGCGCAGCACCUCUCGUGGCGACCCCCGCACCCCGUUCUUUGAGGGGUGUUCCCCUUCCCCCCUCCUCCCCUCUGUCGCCUCUGCUGCUGCUGUCGACCUCCUCGGUGCUGAGAAGGUCGGGACCGCGUCUGCUUCGAGCGGGCGCCGCAGGAACAAGGGGGGCAGGGGUGGGGGUGGCGGCGGAGGAGGUGGGGGUGGAGGCGGUGGGAGUGGAGGCGCGGCUGAGGAGGCCAGUGGCGGCAGUGGGGGAGGAGACAGCAGCGGCGGGAGUGGUGGCAGGGGCGGAGGCGGCAGCGGGGGCGGAGGUGGUCGUGGUGGCGGCAGGGGUGGAGGUGGCCGGGGCGGAGGCGGUGGGGGUGGUGGUCGUGGAGGCACUAGCGGAGGGCAGAGUCAGCAGCCCGCCCCGACGCUUCAGGCCGCCCGUGAGUGGUAUGCGCAGCGUGGCGUUACCUGCACGUACGUUAUUCGCACAGUUUCCUACUGCCACUGAGCUGCCGCGCUGGGCUGAGCUGGAAAAGAGGGGUGUUGAUAUUUGGGCUCUAGACUUUGAUGCUAUUCUCACUGCCAUGUAUGCGAUGUCUAUUAGUGGAGAGGGUGCUCAGUACUUGCGUGUUCCGCCCGACCCGGGCAUUCAGGCCAGUCCGGCUGCCGCUCUAGGUGCUAGUGCGUCCGCUCCCACAGGUCCUGGUGAGGCUGCUGCCCUAGGUGCUAGUGCGUCUGUGCCCCCUGGUACUGAGUCGACUGCAGCACUGCACACCUUCACACUGGACUCCGGUGCUUCUCGCUCUUUCUUUCGUGACCGCACUGUCCUUGAGCCACUCGCUCGGCCAGUUGCGGUCUCCCUUGCUGACCCCUCUGGGGGUCCGGUCAUUGCCACCUCCUCCACUGUCCUUCCUUGUCCGGCGGUCCCGUCCGGCACGCUUUCACCCCUGCCUACGAGCGCGUGA